AUGUUUGGGACCUUCUCUGCUUCCAGCUCAUCCGCCCCAUCGAGGAAACCCAAGCGCAGCCAGGUAUCAAAGGCCUGUGAUUCAUGCCGACUGCAUCGCGUCAAAUGCGAUACCCAAUACCCAUGUCAGAAUUGCUCUAGCAAGGGUUUACGAUGCAAUAGCACGACUCGGCGGAACCCAGGAUGGAGUCUGUCUCGUGCUAUGAGUGAGAUCGAGAGGCUGAAAGCACGAGUGAAAGAGCUUGAGGGACAGAUCAAAAAUACAAGCAUCCCAACACCACCAGAUGAGGAUACUCCGGAACUCAUAUCGAACGAUCCGUCUCCAAGCUUCUCAUACGCCAACGAGGGAGUUCAACUCGAUACUGCGACUACGAUCCAGCCAUUAGCCCCAAGGACUCAGUUUUACGGGCCUUCAUCCACGUACUAUUUCAUCCACUGUAUCAGCCAGCGUCUCAAAGCAAAUGACUGCAGCCUGAACACCGAUCAGGAGCCUCACAGCUUGAUACCCAACUCAGCGAGCAGAUCGAUGGUCAACGUCAUUGAUACUCUGGACGCCGAGUUAGAUGAACACCGGACCUCAGAUAACGCGAUGUCGACCAGAGCGGCUCAUGGGUUGACUGAGAGAACUCUGUCCGGCAAAGACUUGUCGGCAACUCAAGAAGCCUUCUUCCUUGACCUCUUUUGGGACUCGUGGCAUUGUUGUUACCAGCUUCUGGACGAGGCAGAUUUCAAAGCACACUACAAAUCACUGUGGCAUGAGCCCAUAGGUGACACAAGACAGGACUCACCUCUUGUCGAUAUAGUAUUGGCUCUCUGCAUGCAGUUCGGUGUCACAUCACUACCUCGUCAUAGUGGCUACAAGGCAGAGAUCAACUCUCGCGACGCAGCUGUUGCGGGCCGCUGGUUGUAUCAGCGGUGCCAGCGACUGAUAUCGUGUGACUUGGAGAGGCCUACACUCGAGACUUUCCAGUGUCAACUAUGGUCUGCGAUUUAUCUUGCCAAUGCUUCUUACCAGAACAUGUCUCAAAACAUGCUGGGAGUUGCAUCGCGCACGGCAUACACAUUGGGACUGCACAUUGAGCCAGGGAAUGAUCUGCCCGUCAAAGAGAGAGAAGCACGAAAGCGGGCUUGGUGUAUCAUGUUCAUGUUUGAGACAAGAUCAUGCAUUCGAUUAGGUCGGCCUUGGGUCACCCAAACACAGCCGAUUUCGCCAUUAUUACCUACACGCGACCAAGGCUGUGUUACAUCUGGCGUCGAUCAGCUGACAUACACCACUGAGAGAGCUAAACUCAGUGAGAUAGCCCGAUCAGCCUUCGAUAGUACGUUUAAUCACCGGUCGAGCGGGGAAGCUGCAAGAACGGCUUCCGAUAGACAAUCAAGAGCAUUUGUUUCUGGUAUGGAUAAAAUACGCGCUUGGGCUGAGUCGCUACCCCAUAUGCUGAAGACAGAGAGGCGAGGUGGUGGGAAGUCUCUCUCCACUGACCUCUCCGAGAUCGACAUUGAACCGUUUGCGCCCAUCUCUCUGCGAAGACAGCGCUUGAUGCUUGAGCUGUUCUAUCACGAGCUAAUGCUCACGCUCGGACGGCCUUGUAUGAGCCGGCCCUUGACUCGUGCUGGAAAUACACAGACAUCCGCAUCAUGUGAAGUGGCAGAUAUCUCAGCUAUACACGCAUGCGCGACGACGAAACUUCUACAUCAGGUUUACCAAGAAUACGAAAUUUUGAAUGGGUGGUACGAGCCGUUCAACUGUCAAUGGAACGCUGCUAUAACACUAGUCGGAUAUCUUCUGGCAUACCCUCAAGACAGUCAAACUGCUACAAUAGCCCGCACGGCUUUAUCGCAAAGUAUUACGGUGCUAGAAAAGAUGAGCGAGUUCUUUGGAACAGCUUCAAGUGCGGCUGACGUGAUACGGACACUCCACCAACGGCUGAACAUGCCGGUCGAAGCUCAUAUGGCGAUGCACAGUAAUAUCACCACAGCUGACGCGGUUCAAGACAUGGACUUGAAUCGCUUUGGGGCUUUGGACCUGUCAUUUGAGGGUAUACUAGGGACCUUUGGGACGGAAUCUGAGUUCGAAAGACUUGUUUUUGGAGUUGACAUGCAGACUUUUCUAACCAACGAUGCUGAGGACAUGCGCAGAACCUAG